CGAUUUUGAGUUUUAGCUACUGAUUCUCUCUGUUACCUGAAACCCCCCAAAACGGGCGCCAGUCAUGUCUGCCCUCCCACCCCUGCUACCGGGAACGUGAGUCGCCGGAAAGCAUAGGCGACGGUCCAUGCCGAACCCUACCGCCGAUCACGUCAACUCACCGUGGACACUGGCCAUCCGCGCUGCCGCAGACCAGGGCCGCCCGUGCCGCGCCAUUGCGCUCUACCUCUCGUCCUUCCGCUCCGGCGCCGCCCACCGCCCUUGCCCCUUCGCCCUCGCGGCCGUCCUCAAGUCCGUCUCCCGCCUCCCCGCCCAUACUGUGGCCACGGCUGCCGCUUCCUUCCACGCUCAUCUUCUUCGCCUAGGCCUCCUCGCGCACCCCUACCCACACGCCGCGCUUGCCCACCUCUAUUCCCGCGACCCCGUCGCCGCGCGCAGCCUGCUCGACGAAACGCCUCCCACGGGAGCACGGGCGUCGCUUUCCCUACUCGUUUCCCGGAACUCACUGCUCGCCUCACUUCUCCGCUACGGGGACCUCUCUGCCGCGCGCGCUCUGUUCGACCAGAUGCCCGUGAGGGACGUUGUGUCCUGGAACUCCAUGGUCGCGGGCCUCGCCAAGGCUGGUCGCCUCGGCAGCGCCAUCGAGCUCUUCGACCAGAUGCCUGAGCGGAACGCCGCGUCCUGGAAUGCCGUCAUUUGUGGGCUCAUCGCCCAUGGCCACCUGACUCGAGCGAGGGAGAUGUUCGAGCAGAUGCCUGUCAUGAGCAACAUCUCCUGGAUCACGAUGAUCUCCGGGUAUGCCAAGGCUGGCGACGUUCAGGCUGCUGCUGGCCUGUUUGAACAGAUGGAGAACAAGAAUGAUCUUUAUGCGUGGAAUGCGAUGAUUACAUGCUAUGCACAAAAUGGCUGUGCGAGGGAGGCGAUUGGAGUUUUCAACCGGAUGCUCAAGCCUCAUGUCUGUGUUCUGCCCAAUGAGAAAACUUUCUCAUCUGUCAUCUCCGCUUGCUCCCAGCUAGGGAACUUGAGGUUUGGGCUGUGGGUUCAGAGCUUCAUGGGGUCUCUGGGAAUUGAACUGGAUGAUCACUUGCGCACCGCCCUCGUGGAUUUGUACACCAAGAGUGGGCGGAUUGAUAGCGCUUUUGAUUUGUUCAAAGGCCUGAGGACAAGAGACGUGGUAUCUUACAGUGCGAUGAUUGUGGGCUGCGGGAUGAAUGGCAAGUUAAACGAAGCUAUAGGUUUAUUCAAGGAGAUGUCUGACGCAAAUAUUCGUCCUAAUGCAGUGAGCUUUGUGGGAUUGUUGUCUGCAUACAACCAUGCUGGGCUAGUGGAAGAAGCUCGAGCUUGUUUUGCUUUCAUGUCAAGCAAAUAUAAGAUUAGACCUUCAAUGGAACACUACACCAUCAUGGUAGAUCUCCUUGGGCGUAGCGGGAAGUUGGAUGAAGCGUUUCAGCUGAUCAGGCAGAUGCCGAUGCAACCACAUGCUAGCGUUUGGGGUGCUUUGCUUCUUUCUUGCAGGUUGCAUAACAAUGUUAAGCUUGGGGAGGUCGUUGCUUCCAAGUGCUUUGAACAGGCGCCUGGAGAGAGUGGAUAUUACAUACUGUUGGGGAACAUAUAUGCACAAGCAAACAAAUGGGACAAGCUUAAGAGGUUAAGGAAGACAAUGAAGGAAAGAGGCUUGAGUAAGAUGCCUGGGAGUAGUUGGGUGCUGGCUGAAUAGAUACAUUUUACUGAUCUUAGUCAUUUUGAUAAAUUUGGUUCAGGUAAUACUGGAUUCAAUUGAUUAUUCUUGCUCUGGAUUGGGCAGUUUGAUGUGUUUAUGUUGGUAUCUGAGAAAUUCCAAUCAUUACUAAGGAAGUACAUUAUGGUCUGUACCCAUCACCUUUCACUCAAUUCAUGUAUCUUCUUUAAUAUCCUUCACAGUUGUACACUAGCUAUGUGACUUAUGAUUUAGAUAGUUGAGACUAAUGUUUGCGUCUGCAUAAAUAGCUGUUCAUGACGAAGUCCAUAUUUCUCAAAAGUUGCUUUCUGGUAUGUAGAAGAACAACUGUUGUCAAGGUAUGGGCACAUUGCCCUUCUAUCAGAA